UAAAAUUCAUUCGAGACAAUACAGUAAUAUCAGUUGAGAAAACAAAAAAAGGCUUUAAAAUUAUUGACAAAUAUGAGCCUAUUCGUAAAUCAAAAAAAGCAGGUAGUAAAUAUGUCUGGGGUGGUCCAAAUAUUAUACUUACAAAGAAAACGAAACCAGGCUUUUGGCUAGGAAUAGACGAAAAAUUUCUGGUUAGAGAAGUCAGUAAGCAAUCUGAGCGAGGGCAUGGACUCACAGAAAUUCGUCGGCAAAAAAUAAAUGAUUGGGAGAAAAAAAUAUAUAUUCCAGGUGCUCGAGUAUAUCAUCUUGUCCGAGUAGCAGUAAAUGGAAAGUUACCAAAAGAUGAUAUCACCGGAUUUGCACAGAUAAAAUCUUUCAAAUUUGCUUCUAAUAUACAUCCAGUAAUCCCAGUCUGGUAUAAAAAACAUUUUGCAUGUCAAAGCAGAGAUAGAUGUGUAAAAAGUAAAGAAUGGGCACCUAUUGUAUUUCUACGAUAUCUAGAAAGUGUAACUAUUGGGGAAGCAAUUAUUUCUCUUACCAACAAACAAAAGUAUGGUAAGUUUACACAAGGUGACAAGAUUGAUGAAAAACGACUUACUUAUCGACUUGUAACAGAUGAAGGUGAGCUCGAUUUCUUGGUCAAAGAUUGUACUGAUGCCGGAACUUUUGCCGGAAAAGAAAAAUCAUAUGCGUAUAUUAAUUUGUUAGAGAUGCUUCGGAGAUUCGAUCCUAAUGAAGUAGUAAGGAUUGCUACAGAUUCUAUAUAUGUACAAAAAGAGGCUUUAUACAAGAUCGAAAAUAUACCAGCAUUCUUCAAGCAAGUUGAGGUAAAGUUAGAUCCGAAUUUAUGUUUGCACUAUCCUUCUUGUGCAAUGUGUAGCGAUCCAGAAGAAUUUUUUAUUUCAAAAUCAGAAUAUGCAAAAUGGAUUAAAGAGUUUCUAAAAACAAAAAGGCCUCUACAGUUAAAUCAGCAAGAAGAACAAGAAGUUCGAAAUAUUCAACCUGGUCAAUGGCAUGAUAAGGGUGAAAAAAUAUAUGGACCAGUUGCUGAUAUUGCAUUGGAAUUGAUCAAAGAUAUUCCAGAUAGAGGUGGAUCUGGUAAAACGAUACAAGCUAUCAAAAUUUUUAAAGACAUAAGCAUGGUUGUUUUCACUCAUACAAAUGCAUUGGCCAAAGACUUCCAAAAUGACCGUAAGGUAAAAGCCCAAACUUGGCAUAGUUUCUUUAGAUGGAAUGGUGUAGAAGAGUGGACUCCUGAACAAAAGUUUAUCGAUUACUUACUAGAGCAAAAAUGUCAAAAAGUCUUGACUGACUAUUGGGCCAAAUGUUCUAAAUUAUAUGAACUCAAAAAGGAAAUGCAUCGUAAAAAUAAUCAAUCUUCCUCAGAUCGAAUUCUAUCAGCAUAUCGACUUUUUCGAAGACUUGCAUCACAAAUAUGUCUCAAGCUUCAUUGUACAAAAUAUCCUGAAAUUCCAAUCCCAUUAAUUUAUAGGCCAAAAGAUGGGUGCAAACAAAAUUGCCUUGUUCUGAUCCCUGGCUCAUCUGAAAAAAGAGAGCUAGCUAUAGAUUGGGAACUUGGAUAUGCAAUGACCAUUCAUACCAGUCAGGGAAUGACACUCAAAGCUUCGCAACGUGUUUGGAUUGAAGGUCCCUCAUUACCUCCUGAAAUUGAAGAUACAAAAAAUAAGAAAGCUAUCGAACAUUCAUUGAGACCAUUUAUUUCUGAAAAACUCGAAUGGGAUGAAGCUAGAAAUCCCGAUCAAUAG